AUGGGUUACACCCACUACUACGGCGUCCGUGACAACCACAGCACAGAAUGGAUAUCUGCAUGGCCCCAGCUCGUCCAGGAUGCUCGGCGGGUGGUCGAUGCAACUGAUAUUCCCUUGUCCGGUCCAACCGACGACCCCCGAGAUGACCAUGUCACGCCGCCCCUGGUCAAUGAGGUCGGAGGGAUUGACAUCAACGGUGUUGCAAGGAGUUCGCAUGAGCCGUUGAUAAUCCACCUUCGGGAUACCAAGAAUUUUGAAUUCGUGAAAACAGCCCGCAAGCCAUAUGAUACGGUGGUCGGCUGCAUCCUGCUGCGGGCGCACGUGUUAGCCCCGAAACAAUUUCGUCUAAGUUCCGAUGGAUACUGGGAUGAGAUGGAAUGGAAGUUGGCCCGCAAUCUGUACGAGUCUCUCUGGCCAGACCAGCCCCUGCUGUCGCCGUUUUCGGAUGAGGAAUAG